UGUCAAUCAACACCUUUCUGCAGUUAAAUCCCUUUAGGUCCCUUGCUUCCAAAGGAUGGCACUCCAUGUACAGCCUAUUUUCUCCGUCGCGAAGCCACUGUGAGCUCCAAGCAUCCUCUACUUCUGCCUACUCACCAUCGAUGUUGUGCUUGCAUGUGUGACAUAGAAGAAGACAGAUGACGACGACGGACUGGGGGCCCAUCAUCGUGGCGGUGGUGUUGUUCAUCCUGCUGUCGCCGGGGUUCCUGUUCCAGCUGCCGGCGAGGGUGAGGGUGGUAGAGUUCGGCAACAUGGGCACUAGCGGCUUCUCCAUCCUCGUCCAUGCCAUCCUCUACUUCUGCCUGCUCACCAUCGCUGUUGUGGCCAUCGGAGUGCACGUGUAUGCCUCCAAAUCCGGUCCAGUAGGGUAAAUAUGCAGUGCUCUCUGGCCAUUCAUGGGGUGCUUUUUUUUAACAGGGGUAGGGGCUCAAAGGCCCCUGAAGCUACCAUUCAUGGGGUGGUGGUGUUGAAUUCCUUUGAUUUGUUUGCUUGUCUUUCUGUCUUUUGGACACAAAACUAAGUGAGAAAUGAAAAUCAUAUAUGUAUGCAUCGUGUUGUUUACAAAGACAAAAUGCAUGAUGCAUCCACGAAAUUUGAGCA